AUGUCUUCAGCUCCCCCACCUACCACACCCCUUGACCCGGAAUGGGCCAAGGAGAGCAAUACCGCCAUGAUUGUCGGUGUAACCGGCGGCUUCCACGCUCUUGCUCUGCUUUUCGUUGGCCUUCGCGUGUACACCCGUGCCGCCAUCGUCAAGCUUAUGGGGAGAGACGACUACGUCGCCAUUGCAUCAGCGUCAUGUGCCGUGGCAGGGAUGACAAUCUUUUCAGUGCAAUCCUUUUACGGUCUCGGGAAGCACACACUCACCAUCCCUGCCGAGAAUAUAGUCAUCAUGAGAAAGUCAAGCUUCUUCCAGUCAAUCAUAUCUUCCAUCGCUGGUUUGGCGUUGCUGAAAGUAUCGAUUGGCCUCUCACUCCUCCGGCUCAGUAAUGGUAUCUGGUACUCGAGAUCUAUUUGGGCAUUAAUUGUAUUUGUGUCUGCCUAUAGUUUUAUGGCCUGGAUGACGUUCUUCUUCUACUGUCAACCACUGGAAGGCUAUUGGGACAAGAGUUUGAAACCCAAAUGUUAUCCAAUCACUCUCUUCAUCAAAUUCGGCUUGAUCAACACUGCCUUCAACAUCUCCACUGAUGUAUGCUUCGCUACGCUUCCUGUGAGCAACUUCCCUCUCGCCUAAUUUUUCUUGGCAUCUGCUGUUAGUGAAUGAGUGAGCCUACCACCAAAUUACUAACAGCCG